AUGGAUCUUACCGAAUGGCAACUGAGCUAUCAGAGUGACGAGAUCGACGCGAUGACGAUGGACCCAAAUGGUGCACUUUUCACGGGACUCUACAUCGAGGAGGACUCCGCAUCUUUGGACCAGUGCUUUCCAAACGAAUGUUCUGCAUCAAGCUCUUUGAGCGAGGACGACUUUAGCCCAACAGGCUACCAACGCCUCGACCCCCAUACAAUACAAAAUGCGCUUUCAGAGGACGUGAAAGUCCGUUACGACCGACUUGUUGCGGAUAAGCAGGCUAAGCGCAAAGCGCAGAAUCGGGCCGCUCAACGCGCCUUCCGAGAACGCAAACAGCAAGUGUUGCAAGACCUCGAGAAAGAGAAUGGAGACAUGAAAAUCGAGCUUGGCAAACUCCAUGCGGAGAUUGCCAUGCUAAGGAAGAGCAAUGUGUUGUUGCGAGCUCGCGCCGCCGCACGAGAGGAAACACCACUCUGUGUUUCUCCGAGAGACAGAAAACGGGAGUCCGCGAUAGAGCGUCUUCUUGUCUUUGCUCAGACCUGGGACGAGGACUUCUCUAGGAAGGAAAUUUGUAACGACUAG